AUGGCUGAAUCACAUAUGGAGCUCAAUCAAGAAAGCAAACAAUUUAAUUCUGAGAAACUAUCGCCAAAGGAAGAGCAGAGUCCUGGAGGAGGAGGAGGAGGUCAUGAAGAAUGUGGUCUUACCAGUGCUAAUACAAGUGAGGAAACUUUGACUUCAGUCUCUGGUGGUGAGGAAUUGGAAGUUGAUAUAGUUGAAUCUGAUGAUGAGAACAACAACAUAUCCACCAAUGAUGAGGAGGACGACCCAAACGCUACUGAAUACUCAAGCUCGUUCUCUGACACUGCGUCUGAGAAUGGUGACAUGUUGUUUAACGGACUAACCGGAGAAGCUGAGGUUGAAUCUCAUUAUUGGGAUGAAACCGACUUAGGACCUGCUUAUGAUUCAUUUAGCAGCAUUUUUCAUUUUAGGAAGAAAAGGCUAACAAACCACUGGAGGAGCUAUAUCAGGCCACUCAUGUGGCGAUCCAAGUGGGUUGAGUUAAGGAUUAGGGAGUUAGAGUCUCGUGCGUUAGAAUACCCGAAAGAGCUUGCAUCAUUGGAUCAAGAGAAGCUUGGAGCUAACAUUGAUCCGUCUGCGUUGGAAACUUGUGGCGAGGGGGUAAAGUCUUUGCCUUUCUCCAAUCCUUGCUACAGGAAAAGAGCAGCUAAGAGGAGGAGAAAGCGUAAGAAGGUCGAGAACACUGAUGAUAUAUCUUCAUACAUGUCCCAUCAUAACCUCUUCUCUUAUAUCGAGAACAAGAGAUUGAGCUCAGAUGGAAUGUCAGUGGCUGAUGACUUUGGUGCUGCAAAAGAUCCACGUGUUGAUUCAAAGGAAGCUGUAGAGUUAGAAGACGAUGACGACUCGUUACUUUUCGAUCGGCGAGAAGGAGACAGUGUCUUAGAAGAGGUUCUGUGGAAGAUCGAGCUGGUGCAUUCUCAGGUUCAUAGAUUGAAAUCUCAAGUUGAUCUUGUCAUGUCCAAGAACGCAGCAAGAUUCUCGUCCUCAGAGAAUCUGAGCCUUCUUGCUGCAAGUUCUGCGCCUAGCCCGACGGGUUCUGCUGGAGGAGGAGAUGUGAUCUCCAUUGGAGCAAUCUACAACUCAUCGCAGCACAUGCAAGAUUACAUUCUUGGAGAUUUGGUUUUCUCAUCGGAAGGAGUGAUGUCAAGCUACGGAGACGCGUUUCAUAUCCCUGACAUAAUCGAGAGCACUGUUGGCCUUUUCGCUGAUGCGGAUGUUACUUUGCAUCAUUCUCAUAUUGGAGAUUCAUGUGAAAAUAUUUUGGAUAAUAUAUUGAUACGAAAUGGAGAGGCUGAAGAAAUGAAUGCUGAUAUGAUGGAGACUAGUAGCCGUGAAGAAUGUGAGAAAGCAGAGGAAGGUGAAGGAACCAGUGCGGCGCCAUCACUGCAGCAAAUUCAAGAAACAGAACAAGAAGAGAGAUCUUCUUCGGUGGUACUAGGCCGUGAAGGUUCGGUUCUUAGAUCAUGUUUAGCUUCUGAGAUGCUUGUUGUUCCUAGAAACAAAAGGACAAGAGGUGGAGAACGUAAAGCGAGUUCUUGGUGCAAGAAACAUCUCAGCGAUCCUGAAAGCCAGUGA